CGACAGGCUGAUAGUAGUACCCAUAAUCCCCCGCGCCUGUCCCAGGUGAACAUGGCGGGGAUGAGCCUGCUCCGGUCGGCGGUGGUCAGCCGCCUGCAAUGUCUUCAGCGCUGGCCGUUCCGGAGUGAUGUGUUGAUGAGGAGAGGGCCGCCGGCUGCCGCUGUGCCUGUGCGUUUUGGCAGCCAUGGAAAGAAGCUCUUUUACAUUACAGCUUCAACUUACCAUGACACGAAAUUUAAAAGCUACUUGACAUUCUACGUACUUCUUGGUCUGAUACCUGCCACUAUUGGCAUAUUACUCAUCAAUAUUUUCAUUGGUCCAGCCGAACUGGCAGAAAUUCCAGAAGGCUAUACUCCUGAACACUGGGAAUACUAUCGGCACCCAAUCACUCGUUUUCUAUCCCGUAAUGUGUUUCAUCCUGUUGAUGAGUCCUAUGAGAAAGGAAUGGCUAUAAUCUACAAGGAAAAUGAGAAACGCCUGCUCAGGCUCUAUGAAGAUACCGCCCGUGCCGCCAUGAGAAAGAGGGGAGAUGGUCCAUGGUAUUAUUAUGAAACAUUGGAUAAAAACCUCAUUGACCAUGAACAUAAAUCCACCCCUGAUCAGUAAUGAAUCUGCUCAUUUAGGACUCCUGUAAAUCGUUUGUCACAGUAGAUUAUGCUAUAAAUGCCAAGUUGGUGUCAUCAAUAUUCAUAACCUUCAGUUUGUAAACAAUAAAACGAUAUAUAUCUUU